UAUAUGCAACUAUUUGUUUUUAGCCGUAAUUAUUGUGUAAUGGAGUGUAUCUGGUGGUAUUUGAAUCUGUUCAACCAUGAACCUCCGUGGUCUAAUGGUUAUGACGCUCACCUUGACAGCGAGAGAUCCCAGGUUUGAGUCCCGCCACAGGCAUUUUAUUACACAAUUUCUUUAUUCAUUUAUUUACAGGACUACAUUCGUUGAGCUGAAUUAACACCCCCCCCCCCACUUUUUCAGAAAGUAAAAGAAAUUAUUGUUUGUCCAAAAUGUCUCAAAGGAUGUACUACAGCAAAUACAAAUGUUUGUCUUCCGAACAUUUUUAAAAGUUAAUUUCUAUAGACCAAAACGUUACAGAGAUAUGGCAAUUUCAUGCUUUAAAAAAAAAAAAUACAUACAAAUUUAGUUCAAAGGUCACAGAGGUCACAUUAAAAUUUAAUAACUUGGAUUUUAUUAAAUUUUAAUAACUUGGAUUUUGUAUCCCCAUUUAAUGUGCUACCAAUAUGCCAAAGGGCAAAUUUGUAUCUGAUACUGUAACAACCUCUAAUUUUCUAAAUUUUUUUAGCUCAUAGUACGACAUAGAUAUAUCUAAGGAAAAAAAAAGUUGUUGGAGAAAGAGCAAUAAAUAAUCUUUAAAAGAAAGAGUAAUCACACUUUAAAUGUUGAUACAUGUUGCAGAGCAACAACUCACCUCAGACCUGUGUACAUGCCAUGUACCUGAAUCUUAUUAAAUUGAGGAAUAGUAUAUCGUCUAUAUAUCAAAUACUUUUAUGGGUUCAAGAUUGAUUUGGUAAUGUUGCUUGGCAACUGUAAACAAACAUUUCGGGAAUAACCAAAACCUAUUUAUUGGUGCUUACAAUAGGUAUGUCGUACAUCACAAUGUAGAAGCUGAAUGACUUACAAUAAGAUAAUAGAUGCAGUGAUAAUGGCAGCUAAAGUUCCGAGUAAUACGAUACAACCUGUUGGAUACCCAUCUACAUACAAAUCAAAGGAUACAGGUAUCAUGCAACUUGAUUUGGAUGAACAAACUGUUCAGCAGAUUAUCGUCAAACUUCAGCAACAUGAUAAGAAAACUGUAAUAUGCGAUUUAAUAAGAUAUGUAAAUGGCCCUUUGCAGCGACCAAGAUUACGCAAUGAUAUUAAAGAACUGACAACAAAUGAAAGUAAAGGUAUACCCAGAGUUGAUAAAAACCUGCUGCAAAAAAAAGACCAACAAUCCUUGCCACCCAUAGUUGAUCCUACGUUCAAUUCCCUUCAGGGAGAUUUAAAGACAAGCACACAAGACAGCAUACAAAUUUUAGAAGCAGAAAUAAAGCUCUUAAUCUCUCAUGUGGAACAUGACAACGAGGAACUUUCAGCAAUUGUAAAAAACCUGCCAAAAGAGUUAGAAGUAGAACCAACAGAUCUCAACCAUGGGGUAAAUGAUGUCAUUGAUGAAAUUAAAAAAUGUAAGACACAAAACGACAAAGUAUUGACAAUCUCCAAAAAAUUCAUGCAAAAGAUUGAACAACGUCAUAAGCAUGUACAAAUCUAUAUAGAAGAAAUUACAGAAGAUAAAUGGAUAACUAAAACACGUAAAUUGAAUGAGGAGAUCAGAUACAAAGACACUCAGUUGGCAGCUCUUACAGAUAAAUUUUCACAAUUAACCAAAAGUGGCAUAAGCAGUACAAAACUGACAGAAAGAAUUAAUAUUGAACCAAAGCCCCCUUUAUUACCAAGAUCACCAAGACACAGAGCACAUAAUGGAAUUCGAGGCUCCUUGCCAAACUCCGUAUAUAAGCGAACCAAAAUUAGCAGAGGUGCCUACAAAUCCUAAUAAAAUAAACAUAAGGUUAAAGAUACAAUGGUGGCUUGGUUAAAAUGCUUACCAAGCCAACCAUUUUAUCUCUAACUUUGCGUUUAUUUUAAUAGGUACAGGUUUCAAAUCCCUCCCCGACAGAUGCUGUUGAGAAUUAAAAUGGAUCAUUAAAUUAAAUACUCACAAAAAUGGCAUAAAUAAAGACUUCUCACAUUAUACUUUUUAUUAAUUCAUUAAGAUACUCUUUAACUUGUAAUUUAUUUUUAUUUUCAUUUUCAUUGUCUCAGGCUAUUGUGAUCAUAGGCCUACAGUCGGCAGAUUAGCCCUUUCAUUUAUCUUUAUAUUCUUUGUUGUUACUGUCCAUUAUAAUUCACCUUUAAUUAUAUGUAUCAUUUAUGAUUUAUCACAAUCACUGCUAUACGGUUUAUUACCAUUUGCUAGUUUUUUAAAGGCUUUUUUAAUCAUAUGUGUUAUCGCUGAGGAAGAGCACAGGAGUUCUCAAAAUAUUUGAAAUAAAAAUUUGUUUAUGUCUAUUAUGUAAACGUAUAUGUUUCUAAGAAA